GCACCCGGUGGCUUCAAGGUGUGUCGUCUCUCCCGCCUCAGGUGGGCGGCACUGGAUGACAACGCAUUCAGGUUUGUAUCUCCGGACCAGAUUCUUCGUGGUGCACACUUGAUGCCAGCAUUCGCACACGGGCAGUCAGAUAGGGCACUUCCUGGUUACAGUGUCGCGCACAAAGAGGAAGAAGAAGAUACUGACUGGAACUACCACUAUGUCGGCAUCUUUGCAGAUCGCGACAUCUUCAUGCAGUACUACGGCGGCGCAGUGGGACACCAGCGCGGUCAGCCUGGCAAGCGGCACCCUGCACUGGUUGCACCAGAGCCUAUCACCCCACUUACUGGCGACAGCUACGAUGACGAGAUUGGAGACAAGGCUGACAAUGUGGGAACGGAAGCUUGGUACGACGCGCAGGAGCAUUUGCUGGGAUCGGAUGGUGAGGACAGUGAUGCGGACGAACAUUUGAACGACGGGGAAGAAGAUGAGGACUUAGAGGACGACAAUGAAGGGGAGGGCAAGGACAAUGAUGAUGAUGCCGCCCUGGGGUCUGAGGAUGGGGAGACCCCGCUUGGCGAUGACGAGCUUGAGUUGGCUCGCAUGGGCUUUGCAGCCAUGUAG